CGCUCUCCGGCCUCCGCCCUUCGCCAAUCGCCACUCGCCCGUCGGCGUCGCCCUCUCUCUUUGUGACUACUUACUUGUGUAGUCACUGGUCCGUCAAUUUCCUCUCUCGAUCUGCUCGUGGUGGUAUCGAUUCACGUCGAUCUGCUCGUCGAUCUGCUCUCACGUCGAUCUGCUAUUGGUGGUAUUGGUUCAUAUCUGCUGUUCUUUUUCUUCUACUGCUGCUGUUUUCUUUUGCUGCAUUCCAUAUUCACGAUGCCAAUUUGUGGAACUUUCUGAAGGUUCAAGGCAAAUUUCAGCCGCAACUUUUCUUUUGCUUGCUUCUUUCCAAAUUCACAAAAGGAAAAAGGGAAAAAAUUUCAAAACUUGAAGAUAUUAAAGUACAAGUUACUUCUUUCUUCUCUAUAUUGCAAUAUGACAGCCACUGAUGCUGUUGCCUUGAAACUGGACAAAUCUGCCAAGAUCUUUGUUGCUGGCCACCGUGGCCUGGUUGGAUCUGCUGUUGUACGCCGCCUGCGGAGCGUUGGCUACACCAACCUCAUUCUUCGGUCGCACUCUGAAUUAGACCUCACCAACCAGUCUGCUGUCAAAACGUUCUUUUCUAUAGAAAAACCCCAAUAUGUCAUCCUUGCCGCAGCCAAAGUAGGUGGGAUUCAUGCUAACAGCACUUACCCUGCCGACUUUAUCACCAUUAACCUCCAAAUACAAACCAAUGUCAUCGACUCUGCCUAUCGUUAUGGUGUGAAAAAACUUGUCUUUUUAGGUUCUUCUUGCAUCUACCCUAAAAUGGCACCCCAACCCAUACCCGAAUCCUCUCUGUUAACAGGUUCUUUAGAGCCCACCAACGAGUGGUACGCCAUUGCCAAAAUUGCUGGCAUUAAAAUGUGCCAAGCUUAUAGGAUUCAAUACAAAUGGGAUGCAAUUUCAGCAAUGCCCACCAACUUGUAUGGUCCUAAUGACAAUUUUCAUCCUGAGAAUUCACAUGUUUUGCCAGCAUUGAUGAGGCGAUUUCAUGAGGCGAAAGUAUCAGGAGCGAAGGAAGUGGUGGUGUGGGGUACAGGGUCACCGUUGCGUGAGUUCUUGCAUGUUGAUGAUUUGGCUGAUUCAGUGGUGUUUUUGUUGGAGAAAUAUUCUGAUAUGGGACAUGUGAAUGUGGGAAGCGGGAAGGAGGUAUCGAUCAAGGAACUUGCAGAGUUGGUGAAAGAGAUUGUGGGUUUUGAGGGAGAACUUGUUUGGGAUACUUCUAAGCCUGAUGGUACUCCGAGGAAGCUUAUGGAUAGCUCAAUGCUUGCUAAGUUGGGUUGGGAACCGAAGAUUGCACUUCGGGAAGGGCUUGCUGGCACUUACGAGUGGUAUGUUACAAAUGUGAAGCAAUGAGCUUUGGACCUGUAUGUUUGUUUGUUACUAAUAAACUUGGUUUUGAUUAUGAGAAAAUUUGAUGAAUAUCUACAGUGCGUUUCAUGUUUCUGUUGUUAAUGUAAGUUGUUAUAACAUCUAUUUAUCUAGCAACUGUGAAACUUGUCACAUUUUGUUUCUCUAAAGGGCCUUGGACAAGCAAGAUUUGUAUUGGUUUGUGAUUUGUGAUUUGUGGUACUGCUGCUGCUACUCAAUAUCA